CAGCUGAAAAUCUCACCGGGCUGGGAGAGGCGGGUAGGUCAGCAGCAGAGGAACAGCAGCACGGCUCCGCAGGCGGCUCGGGCGGCGCGGGCGGCUCGGCGGCGGCUCGGGCGGCGGCUCGGCGGCGGUUCGGCGGCGGCUCGGCGGCGGCUCGGCGGCGGCUCAGGCGGCGGCGGCUCGGCGGCGGCUCGGCUGCUGCUGGGCGGCGCGGGCGGCUCGGGCGUCACGGGCGGCUCGGCGGCGGCUCUGGCGGCUCGGCGGCGGCUCGGGCGGCGGCUCGGCGGCGGCUCGGCGGCGGCUCGGCGGCGGCUCGGCGACGGCUCGGCGGCGGCUCGGCGGCGGCUCAGGCGGCGGCGGCUGCUGCUGGGCGGAUCGGCGGGGCCGCGUAG